AUGGAGAAGCAGAUGGAAGCCACCUCUGCCCACUUCAUCACCAUCCUGGAACGCGUAGAGCAGAACUUUGAGCAUGUCAACAAUUGUGUCGACGACAUUCAACAGUUCCAGACUGCCUUGAAUAUCUACAAUGCUGCAUUCAACAAUUAUACCCUAGCCUCUGCUGAUCUCAAAACACUGGAGAGCAGAUGUAAUAGCUAUGUGGCGCUUAUAGCGUGCCUGCCUUCCAAUAAUUCCUCCAUCCUCCACCAACAGCUGCAGCAGAUCACUGCUAACAUAGCCUCUGUGGAACAGGAAGUGUCCAAUGCUCACCAUCACUUACAACAAGUGCUUCCUUCCAACAUCUCCUCACAGCCCGUGCUCCCAAUCUCCACCUCAUCCCACAGCCUCAGUUCGACGAUGAAUACGGAUACCACAGCUCUCACCCCAGGUGUUCCCAGCCUUUCACACCAGCCCACAUUGCCUACUGACAUUCCAUCAACACCUAUGCACCACCACGCCCUUCUGCAACAGCCUGACUUAGUGGACUUCGACUCACAGAUGGCCAACGCUGAAAAUGAAAGCGAGCCAUCUGGCAAUGCUGCACCUUCCCCUCGUCUGCACAAGUCGGCUCGCCAUAGUAAACAUUUGGAUGCCACUCGCAGCAAGGUACUUCAUAUCCCAGUACCCUCCUCCCCUCUGCUAAAGCCCUCCCCAAUAGUGAAUUUUCAAAUGCAAACACCCAAAAAUCAUGCCAGGGCUAAAGGAAGGAAAGUGACAGGUACUCGAUAUGAUUCAUCUUGUAUGCGUGGAAUCAACCUUUGUAUAUUAACAAUUUUUGUUAUAUUACACCUCAUUUCUGCUGUACAGUGCUCCCCCCAUCUCUUAUCCUCGCUCUCCCUCAACACAAAUGGGCUUGGGGAUUUUGCUCAACACUGUCACAUUCAAGAUGCCAUUCAAACAUUGCACCCAUGCUUGAUUUCUAUAUCAGAGACCAAAUCACAGCAUCCGGUAGGACAUCGGCUUCGACUCUCAAACUAUAACAUCUACGAAAACCCUGGCAUUCCUACCAGGAACAAGAAGACCUCCAAAUGGGGUGUAGUCCUAGCUACCAGGAAAGACCUUCAUGCUGAGCCUCUUGAUCUGAUCUCUCGCCUGCAUGGCCACACAUGUACUGUUGACCUACACUUACCAGGAUCUAACAGCAGCUCCGUUUGA